UCUUUGUGAGAAUUUGUUCAUGUUCCACUCUGUUGUGUUCUGUUUUGAUGGCUUCAACUGCUUUCAACGACAAGAAUGGAAACCCUGAAUUGUCAAGGCAGGAAAUUCAGAACGCCAUAGCCAAAGCUGUGGAGCUAAGAGCACUUCAUGCAACUUUGAUGAGAGGGAACACCACAUCCAAUGCUAGAUUCCCUUCACCUUCCCCUGUUUCACGCCCUGUUUCUCAUUUCUCUGCUCAUGAUUACCCUGUUUUCACCCCAAGCUAUGAGGAUGAUCCACUACCAGCUUACAAUAAUCAGAACCACUUGAAAAGCCUGACAAUUUCAGAUAGUUGGGAUGAGAAUGUUCUAGAACACACCAUGGAAGCGAUUGUACCAUAUUACAAGGAGAAAUCAAGUUCAAGAAAGGGACUUCCUUAUGGUUUUGCCAACAUAGAAUCUCACAUAUGCCCAGGUGCUGAUGAUAGCAAAUCUGCAACCAGUUCUUGUGCAAAUCACAUAACUGUUCUUCAAGCAUCAUCACCUGCCAAUGAAUACUUGCAGUGUAGAAGAAACAGUUUGGAGGACUUCAAUUCUGUAUCGUCGUGCAAUCAAUGUAAGCCGGCUGUCAUAACAAGCGAAUUUGAGACUGCAAGGACCAGCAAGAGUUCCACUAGUAUUGUCCCGGUCACGGAUUCUCAUUCAUCUAUUCAAUCUCAACAGAAAAGCAAGGGGAUGAUUUCUUGGUUGUUUCCUCGGCUAAAGAAGAAGACUAAUAAGAAUGAGAAUUCCCCGAGUCGCGCAGAAUCUGAGGAUGUUUCUCAGGUUCUUAAGGACUUGGGAAUCAUGUCUAUUGAGUCAUUGAAGAAAGAGUUGAUGGAAGCAAAUGAGAAUAGAGAUGUGGCCUUAAUGGAGGUUUCUGAGAUGAGGUCUUCGCUCGGCGAGCUGAAACAGAAACUGGAGUACUUGGAGGGUUAUUGUGAGGAGCUUAAGAAAGCUUUAAGGCAAGCAAUGCAAGCAAGGGAUUCUCAGCAUCUUUGUGAACAACAGCUCAAUAAUCCUCAAAUGGAGAAAAAGUUUGAUAAAAAGGGAGGAAAUUUGAUGCCGGUGAGCGAGGAAGCAAUGGUAGAAGGAUUCUUGCAGAUAGUAUCAGAGUCAAGAUUAUCAGUAAAGCAGUUCUGUAAGACUCUUAUAAACAACAUCGACGAAACUGAUCAAUCUUUGACACAACAUUUGAACUUGCUUCUUCAACCAUAUAAGCUUUCCUUGAGUGCCAAGUAUUCCAAGGCAGUAUUAUACCACUUUGAAGCUUUCAUAAACCAAUGUCUCUACCAAGACUUCGAGAAUUGCGUGUUCCAAAAGAAUGGCUGCCCAAAACUGCUGGAUCCGCAGCAGGAUCGGCGAGUGCAGUUCUCAUCAUUUGUUUCCCUUAGGAACUUGAGCUGGAAUGAAGUACUAAGAAAGGGAACAAAGUACUACAGUGAAGAGUUUAGCAAGUUCUGUGACCAAAAAAUGAGUUGUAUUAACACAACUCUAAAUUGGACUAGACCUUGGCCUGAACAACUCCUUCAAUCUUUCUUUGUGGCAGCAAAAUGCAUGUGGUUGAUGCAUUUGCUUGCAUUUUCUUUCAAUCCACCAUUGGGAAUUUUAAGGGUUGAAGAAAAUAGAAACUUUGAUCCUCAUUACAUGGAAGAUAUGUGUCCAAGAUCUCAGGGUCCAAGCAGGGUUAAGAUCAUGGUGAUGCCAGGGUUUUUUGUUCAGGAUAGGGUCUUGAGGUGUAAAGUUAUUUGCAGGUACAAAUCUGUAGCCUAAGUUAACAGUUUGGAAAUAGUUUUUGUUUUCACAUUGAAUUUUUUUUCCCCUUGCUUUUUUAUUUAAUCUGUGUCAUUUUCAGUAACUGUAGCUAAAUGUAUCAAUGGUUUGUUCAAAUUGAUUUAAUAUUCAGUCAAAUGUAUGUCA